UUAACCUUUCCAUUGAUGGUCUCUUUGCAGGAGGAGAGGGCAGUGAGAGAUCGGAAUCUCCUCCAGGUUCAGGACCACGACCAACCCAUUCCGUGGAAGGUACAGUUCAACUUGGGCAAUAGCAGCCGGCCAAGCAAUCAGUGUCGGAACUCCAUUCAAGGGAAGCACCUCAUCACGGACGACCUGGGGUACGUCUGUGAACGGAAGGAUCUGCUGACCAACGGCUGCUGCGAUGUCAGCGUCCCCAGCACAAAUGGGACAUUCCCCUUGGCUGAGUGCCUUUUGGCAAUUUCACAGUUUAUCUCUGUUGGUCAGGGCCAGAGUGUGCAGCACGAGAACACCUACCGGGACCCCGUGGCCAAGUACUGCUACGGAGAGAGCCCGCCGGAGCUCUUCCCUGCGUGACGGCCGCUGCAGCCUGGGCCCUGAGACACUGCUGGAGGAUGUGCCACCCAGGGCCAGACUUAAAUGUCCCAGCCAGUCCAGGGCAAGGAGACAAGGUGGCAUGGGGACACUUUGACUGUGACCACUUCCUGUGCUGUCCACGGGCACUGCCCACCAUUGGGCUGCACCUGGCAGAGCUUUUCUAUGAAGCAGACUGGAACCUCGGGCUGGGCCCAGGCAGGAAAGAACCGUGGGCUGAGCUGGGGGUGGUGUCGGCCUCCCUGGAGACUCAUCUCAGCACCCACACAGGGGCCUGUGGCUUGUGUCCAUCAGGCUCCGGGUGUUCACUUCCAUUUUGAUCUGGGCUCUUCUCUGUAAAAUUAUUUAUUAGAUUCCUUUGGAAUACUGGGAAAACCAUAGUGUUUUAUGGAGAAAAAUGCCUUAUCAUUCUAGUUGAAUAUAUUCAAAGAAAUUAUUUUUGUUGUUGUCCUCGGGUCCUAGAGUUUCACGAGUUAAAUUGUCCCUUCACUCAGAUAAAAUGGCUUGUCCCUUGGAAUGUGGAUCUUCCCACUAGGGAGUUAUUUUUGGUUUUGACAAUGUCUUCCAGAGUGGGUCUUGGAUACAGUGGAGGAACCAUAUCCUGGCUUUUAAAAUCAUCUGAACACUCCAAACUGCUGCGUUGUAACCUCGGGCAGCGCUGCCAGCAGUGGCCCUGAGGGCCCUGGGCCCUGUUCUGGGUUUCCAUGUGCCAUCUGCCUUAGGACUGUUCCAGCCACGGUGGUGACGUGUCCAGAGGUGGUCCUUCUCCCUUCCUGCAUCACUGUGGAAGGACUGGGAUCUGCUCAGUGUGGCACAAGGGGGCCUCCUCCCCUCUCCUAUCACAGAAGCCCUGUGCUGAGGCCAUUCCUGGGCACACAGCUGUUUACUGCUUCAGCGUUUUUGUAGCAGGUAUAAAUGUUCAGUUUUCCUAUGAUUUUUGGAGAAGAAAACCCAACUUUCUAA